AUGGCGCAUAGAAUUCUCAUUACAGGGGCGUCGGGCUACCUCGGUGGCACUCUUCUGGCUCGCUUGGAAAGUGCCGGCCUGCCACCAUAUGAGAAGCUGUACGCCCUCGUUCGGACAGCUGGCCAGGCCAAUGCUGUGAAGCAGUACGGAGCGGAAUCUACUACCUUCGACACAAAAGAUGAGGUGGCUACGAAGGAAUUCAUUGUCGCGAACAAAAUCACCAUCGUAUUCUUCUUGAUAGAUGCGAUGCGCUCGGAGUCACAGGUCAAUUUCAUCAAAGCACUAGCUGAGGUGAAGAAAGCCACUGGUCGAGAUGUUCAUUUCCUACAUACAAGCGGAGCGAAGAUAUUUUCGAGCCAUGCUGGAGCUCCAACUGAUCGACCACUUUAUGAUGAUGAACUCGGGCUCUAUGACAUUCAGAGGGCUCAAAAAUCGGCCAUCCCUCUGAUGAACUCGGCAAUUGCAACCAACAACACUGUGAUAGAGCAGGCAGAAAGCCACGGAGUCCGCGCUUAUAUCUUCGUUCCAUGCAUUGUCUAUGGCAAAGGAGAAGGGUUUGGAAAUCCCAUCUCGAUUCAAACCGUCGCCAUCGUCAAGGCUGCCAAAGCAGUCGGGUGGGUUUGCAGCGUGGACUCUGGCAGACCAACAUGGCCGGUCUGCCACGUUCUUGACAACGCACAUCUUUACCUAGAGCUCCUCCGGCAGAUAUUAUCGGACAAGAAUCCCGGUAGCGGCAAGAAUGGGUAUUACCUGGCAUCUCCUGGUAGUGUUGCGUGGCAAGAUUUGUAUGCCGGAAUGGCGGCCGCCUUGGCCAAGAGAGGUAUCAUCUCGGACGCCACGGUACAGAGAGCGUCAGACGAGACGAUGGCGGAUAUGGGUGCAGCUCUGGGCUGCCCCAAGGAGAUUGUACCUCUGCAGCUGGGAGGAUUAUGCACAUUCACUGCUCGGAAUGGUGAGAAGAUUGGAUGGAGACCAGAAUUCCCGUCAACACAUAUACUCGAUACGGCUGACGAGGAGGUUGCGCUGAUUUUGGAUAACCUCGAUAGAUAA